AAAAAAAAAAAGAAAAAAGAAAGAAAUUGAAAAUAUGGAUGAAAUGCCACCAGGGUUUCGCUUUUACCCUACUGAAGAAGAGCUUAUUUCCUUCUAUCUCCACAACAAGCUCGAAGGCAAAAUAGGCGACGAAAUGAACCAUGUUAUCCCAAUCCUCGAUAUUUAUCAGCACGACCCUACUCACCUUCCAAAUUAUUGUGGGGAGCUUUGUCAUGGGGACACAGAACAAUGGUUCUUUUUUGUGGCGAGGCAAGAAAAGGAAGUCCGAGGAGGAAGGCCUAGCCGGACCACGGCCUCCGGCUAUUGGAAGGCCACCGGUUCACCAACUUACGUCUACUCGUCAGACGCUAGUAGUAAUCAUAGCAAGAUUAUUGGGGUUAAGAAAAGCAUGGUCUUUUACAAGGGAAAAGCUCCGAAUGGACGAAAAACCAAGUGGAAAAUGAAUGAGUAUAGAGCCAUUAAACAUGAUUUGCACACUUCUAUUCCUGUGUUGAGGCAUGAGUUGAGUUUAUGCAGAGUUUAUGUGGUCUCGGGGAGUUUUCGGGCAUUCGAUAGGCGCCCGACUCAUCAUGUACCACAAAGUUAACCUUUCUCAUCUAAAUUCAAGAUUAUUCAAGGACGAAAAUGACAAAAUUUGGCAAUAUUGGUUUUUGUACCGCAAAUUAAUUCGGGAGCACAUCAAAGUUUGGCAAUAAGUUGACAAGCUUUAUCAUUAGGCCCAUCAACUUGGGACCACAUCAAAUAUUGUCAACAAGAUGACUUUUUCACUUUUGGUCCAUUUUCAUAAAAAAAAAUGGUUAAAAUUGAUGAUGUGUAGCUAUUCUAUUUUACUGUCAUUUUUUUUCUCUAUUUGUAAUUGUAGAAUGGAUAACAAAAAAUCUUAUUUUACCUACUCAUUGUAAUUUGUUUAAAUUG